ACCUAGAAUUACAAUAUUGUACCCAAUCACAAAAUAGAAAUUGCAGGACAAUAACUAUAAUUCCUCUAGUAUGGAACUACAUGAGAAACUAUUGAUAUUUUUAGACAAUCGUCAAAUAUUGACCGACAUGAAAAACGAGUGCGAAGCUUUUCUAAACACGUUAAACGAGAAAACAGUAAGUAAGUUUCCACCAUUCAGAUAUUUACUUGAGCUCGACGUCAUGGAUUUGCAAGAGUUAUUCCCCGAACUCGGGGAACAAUUGAUUAACGAACCGCUAAAAUGGCAAGGAUACUGUAAUGAUAUUCUGUAUGCGUGCCUCAAAAGUUCAGACAAUGAUAUGAAUGAGCGCGUACAGGCAUCACAAGUAGCAGUUAAUAUUAGAUUAAAGAGUUUCCCGCGUGUUUUAUUUAAUUUAAAUGUAAGGCAUUACAAUGGAAUAAUUUCUUUGAAGGGAUUACUUGUAAAUAUCUCGAAGCCGAUUAAUUAUGUCUACCACACUGUGUGGUCGUGUCCCGAAGAUUGCGAAGGUAAUGAAAUCAUAUUACAGUAUAUACCAAAAACUUCUCCCAAAUGUUAUUUAUGUAGAAGCACGCUUUUUGAAAACAGCGGCUUAAGGCGAUGCGGUGAACAAGUCGUAGCUACGUUUAAAUUCAAAAACGAUUUGCUACCUAAGAAGUAUUUAAUAAUCGACGAUCUAAUGAAAAAGCUGAAAUUGGAUGGAACUUACGUCAUAAACGUUGUAGUUUUAAAAAAAGCGACUGCUGUUUGGGGUCUAGAAGAAGCUGUUACUCACCCGGCUCCGAUUACUUCACCCAUCCCUCCAGAUGUUAGAGAACUGUUCGAGGAAUGUGAUAGAAAACCGUGGAAGUUUAUCUACUGCCUCGCAUCCAGAAUCGGCGUCCAAAUCUGUCCGUUGGAUUGUUUUAUGAAUGUAAAAAUUAAUUUAUUAUUAAGUUUAACAAGCGUGAUUGCCCAUAGUUUAACCGGUUCGCCAAUUUUACAUUGCUUAGCUGCGGGCCAUGACACUGGUUACGUAUCAGAACUGAUGAGGCAAGCGUCUCUUUUGGCGAAUGCGAACAUUUCGUUAGGAGCAACCAAUUCUUCUGUUGCAUCAGCUCUUAUAGGUGCAUCAGGAGGAGUAUGCGUCAUGCCCUUACCGUUGCAGGCUUACAGUCAAAAACAAAUACACUCGGUCGUUUUGGCCGUUGAAACUGGUGAAGUUCAACACGAGACUAAUAACGUGAAAUUGAACUGUGCAGUGUGGGCUCACGGGAUGGAUUUUAAAAAGAUUGUCCUUUACGAUAUAGCUAAAGUUUUCGGUACGGUUUGUCGCGCUGAUUUUGGUGAAUACACUGACAAAUUGGCAGAAUUCAAUCUCCAAGCAGCUGAAGAGCCGCCAAAAGUUACCAGGGAAGAAAAACAAGCUCUAAACGACAUAUCUGCCUAUAUCGAUAUAGUAGGAGGUAUAAAGGUCUCUAUAGAUAAAGACACUCAAAACCUUUUAAGUAGUUACUUCCUAGCAGCUCGUAGAGAGAGAACAGACGCUGUUUCUGUUGGGAACAUGGAGUCUUUGGUGUCUGUUUGCGCUAUGUCUGCGAGAUUGUGUCGUCGUGCUGUCGCAAAUAUUGAAGACGCAGUUUUUGCUAUUUGGUUGCACGUUAGUGCUACGAAAGAACCAAGAUUUGCUCCAGAGGAGUACCUAGAAACACCUAACGACAUAAAGAAACUAAAUGCCGUUAUCGAAAAGUUUAUAGAAUGGCUUGAAAAUUUUGCUGAUUACCGUAUUGUGAACUAAAUAAUUUAUUAUUGUUAUCCUUGUAUUUAAACUUUUGAAUUAUCUACUUUAUGAUAUUAAAGAGAUGUACUAUAAUGAGAAACUUGCAAUGUUGCAGAAAAAAAUAGGAUAUAAUUAUUUUUGCUUGUGUAUAAAUGUUUUAUACAAAUACCCUUAGUAGCCCUCAGUCAAUAUUUUUAAUU